AUGGGUGAGACUUUUUCUGCAAAACGGGGGAUGAUCAGAAAACAACGAUGUCACUCCCUUGAAUUUCUACCGAAUGAUUUAUUGCUGCGCAUAUUUGGAAACGUUUCAUCUGAAUCCAUUGAGGAUAUCUCCAACGUUAAACUAACAUGCAAAUCGUUUCUUCGUCUUGCAGAACAUGACAGUGUGUACAAGCAUGCAUCAUUGGACAAGUUCAAGUUGGAACCUCUGGAGUGGAUGACCGGACGAAGGUCGUCACGUUACCAUGUCCGGGUUCAUGAUGAUGACGAUAACGUAUCAUCGAACGAGGUGAAGGUUUCAUCCUUGAAAACUGCUGCUAUGAAUGGUCACGACGAUGCCAAGUACAUGUAUGGCAUGCUUCUGAUGUGCUCAGACAACGAAGCCCACAGAAACCAAGGUGUUUCUAUAUUUCGUUUGCUGGAUACAUCCGAGAGAGUCAAACAGUGUAGAAAGCGUGUCAAGACUUUUAUUCGUUCUCUAUGGAUGCGUCGAACAGUUGUCCCACAACAUCAAUCAUCCUUCUGUCAUUCUAACCUGUGUAUUAAUCUUGAACCAACAAUUAAACGAGACCCUUGGAUAUUGCAUGACGAGUAUGAUGAUGAUGGACCCCAAUGUGAAAAUUGCAAGGCAGAUUUUGAACUGAAAUUAUUUUGUAGCAUGACUGGUGUUUAA